CGAAUAGUACUGGUAGUGUUGUUCAUUACAAUCACAACGAGAGUGUGCUUUUGAACUGAACAACAUCAUGUCGAGCACAUCGACGCCGCAACAACCGCCGCCGACGACGACGACGGUGGGGCAGCCGGGUCGCCACAGCCGGAGCCCGCACGAGAGCCUCGGUGAGGUCUGCUGGGGCCGGUGGACGCGGACGCUGCUGGACGGGCAGAGCAACAACCCCGGGACGUGCCAGGGAAUUCAGCUCGUGCAGCUGCCCAGCGAGGCCAUGGCGGAGAUGGCGCGCGACAACCCAAUGCUGCUGGCUGAGCGUGGCAUCUCGUGGAGCGAAGGCAUGCGCGUCUACCAGAUUGUGCCCGGGAUGCCGUGGCCGGACGUUCGCGCGGGAAGAUCCCCGAUUGGCGCCAAGACUGCCAAUGCCAAUGCCAAUGCCAAUGCCAAUGCCAGUGCUGCUAAUGCCAAUGCUAGUCCAGCGAGAACUGCAGGCUCAAUGACGACCACCACGACCUCAGUCAAGCAACACAAUGGAGCGCUCGUAACAACGACGACGACCACCACAACGACCAAUCCAGCGAAAUCCUCCAAGACAAACGCCGAAGCACCGUCGUCCACCGCAGACCUCAAGCCCGUGCAAGGCCAUGAACGAGUCUAUGGAAGGCGGCAGUACUGCACGCAGUGUGGUCAAUCCGAAGGCGCUCCUGCCAUGGCCACCGGCUUGCAAAUCGUCGUCGCAGGGAGUGAAGCAAGCUCAGCUCGAGCCUUGCUCGUCGACCCUGCUCCGGCUGAAGUGCUGCUCGCUGAUGUCAUGUUGCCCGCAUUGGUGAAUGGCGUGCGGCUUUCGCUCACCAGCGUGCACCCUCCAAAACCACCGCCAGUCCUGGGAGUCCCGACCCCGAAGGGAUUUUCGAUGCUGCACGUCAGCUGGCUCAAAGAACAUCUCGGCCACCCAGAAACAGGCCUUGUCGACCUCACGGAGCAGGACGGACAUCCAUCACACACAGUGCAGCGUCCGAACGACCACGCCACCGCUCGAACGCAGUCGCUUCCGCCAAUGUGGCCAGUGCCACAGCAAGAACGGCCUCAAGUCCCGUACGAGUCUCCGCUGAAACGCCUUCGCGACUUUCAUCGCGCUGCGUGGGAGCAUCACAAGCGGGCGAUGGCAGAAUGGCAAGUCAUUGUGCCGAAACUGACAGACCGCAUUUGGCAGGGCACAGAUUGGAAGGUUGUGCUUCCGCGGCUGAGUGAAGGCGUGACAGCCAUUGCUGAAGACAUCUGGGAUCGUGUUCGUUCUGGCAAAUGAUUCAGCAACCAAACGUUAUUGGUUGCGCAGUGUAGAUUCGUUCUACGCAUUGUAAAAUAUUGUGCACUAGCUCUCAUAAAGACAAACAAAAGCAUCGCUGUGUGGUGUUGUUCGUCCAUCUACAUUUGUAAAUGCUUACUGUCUGC